AGCCUCGAUAAUCUUACCGUAGAAUAGGAACAAACAGCGAAGUGUCGUUCAUAAAGUGUUCAAUAUUGUGGGUCGUUCAGGCGGGUUCAUUACUACAGGAGUCAAGCUACAUGAGGCGUUUAUUGAUUGUGCGUUGUUUACAGUCGGGAGCGAUGGGCACGUGCGAAGCGACGCUGUUACUUUCAGCGCGUUUUUGUGCAGUUUGAAUUUUGUCUCAACCGCACGGUUGAGCGUCUGAUGACGUGGCGCUGGCUGAUUGAGUGCCCGCGGUCACGUGUCAGUGUGGUUCUGAUGAGCGGCCAUAUUAGUUCAGUUCAUUCUUUCACGCGACUGGACUCAGAGUAAGACACUCACACACAAACACACACGUUUAUUUGUACAUUAUUUACUUUGUUUCGCUGUGAUAUUGAUGUAAGACGCUGCGGUGUUCAAAGCAGCUCUGUUAGACGGCGCGGCGUUUCUAUACUUUUAUCAGUCAGAAGCUGAAGAAUGGCGAGCGCGGCGUGCACUCCGGCCGGGCAGCAGACGUUGUCCCGCGGCAGCAGCAGCGCUACUCCACUGAGCCCGGCGCGGAUCUCCCGCCUGCAGGAGAAGGAGGAGCUGCAGCAGCUCAACGACCGGCUGGCCGCCUACAUCGACACGGUCCGCAGCCUGGAGUCCGAGAACAGCCUCCUGCAGCUCCAGAUCAGCGAGCGAGAGGAGGUGCGGAGCCGCGAGCUCACGGGGCUCAAAGCGCUCUACGAGACCGAGCUGGCGGACGCGCGCAAGGCGCUGGAUGACACGGCGCGGGAGCGCGCACGGCUGCAGAUCGAGCUGGGCAAGAUUAAGACCGAGCACGAGCAGCUGCAGCACACAUACGCUAAGAAGGACGCUGACCUCGCCAGCACUCAGGCCCGACUGAAAGAAGUUGAAGCCCUGCUGAACUCUAGAGAGGCGGCGCUGAACACCGCGGUGUCCGAGAGGAAGGCGCUGGAGAACACCGUGACAGACCUGCAGCUCCACGUCCAGGAGCUGGAGGGAGGUUUGAGCUCUGCUAAGAAGCAGCUGUCAGACGAGACUCUGCUGCGUGUGGAUCUGGAGAACCGCUGCCAGAGCCUCAUGGAGGAGCUGGACUUCAGGAAGAACAUGUUUGAGGAGGAAAUCAAGGACACUCGCCGCAGACACGAGACCCGUCUGGUGGAGGUGGACUCGGGCCGUCAGAUGGAGUACGAGUUCAAGCUGGCUCAGGCGCUGGCCGACAUGAGACAGCAACACGACGAGCAGGUCAAACUCUACAAGGACGAGAUGGAGCAGACUUAUGUGGCCAAGCUGGAGAACGUGCGUCUGUCCUCCGAGAUGAACAGCUCUUCAGCCAGCAUGGCCCGCGAGGAGCUGCGCGAGUCCACGCUGAGAGUCGAGAGUCUGACCGCUCAACUCGCCAACCUGCAGAAAGAGGCGCGUGCGUGGCAGGAUCAGAUCAGCGAUCUGGAAGCGGCUCUGAGCCGCGAGAAGGAUUUGAGCCGCAGGUUACUGGCAGACAAAGAGCGAGAGAUCGCAGAGAUCAGAGCCAAGAUGCAGCAGCAGCUGGACGAGUACGAGCAACUGCUGGACGUCAAACUGGCGCUGGACAUGGAGAUCAACGCCUACAGGAAGCUGCUGGAGGGAGAAGAGGAAAGGUUGAAGCUGUCUCCCAGCCCCUCGUCUCGUGUGACGGUGUCUCGGGCGUCCUCCAGUCGCAGCGUUCGCACCACGCGUGGGAAGAGAAAGCGAGUGGACGUGGAGGAGUCGGAGGCGAGCAGCAGCGUCAGUAUCGCUCACUCUGCGUCCGCCACUGGAAACGUCUGCGUCGACGAGCUGGACGUGGACGGGAAGUUCAUCCGCUUGCACAACAACUCUGAGCAGGAUCAACCCAUGGCAGGAUUUCAUCUGACCAGAACUAUCAGUGAUGUUUCAGCUACGUAUAAAUUCACUGCCAAAUACGUCUUGAAGGCUGGACAGAAAGUAACGAUCUGGGCGUCUAAUGCGGGCGUGAGCUCCAAUCCUCCUACUGACCUGAUCUGGAAGAACCAGAGCUCAUGGGGGAGCGGCGAGAACAUUAAAGUGGUUCUGCUGAGCCCAGACGGAGAGGAAGUAGCUGUGAGGAGCACUGUAUUCAAGACUGCAGUGGAAGAAGAGGAGGAGGAGGAGGAAGACAAGGAAGCUGAAGUCAUUGAGGAGCGUUUCUUUCACCAGCAGGGAGAUCCUCGUACCGCCAAGAGAGGUUGUUCGAUCAUGUGAUCAACACUACAGCCAAUCAGAGCCAGCUGAACCACCAUCAAGCGUCCUGUGUGGUCUAUUUUCAGAGUGAAAUCUUUUCUUUUAUUUUGAAUUAUGCUUUUAAAAGUCUUUCUCACUUCAGUUUGUUUCAGAUUUUGUCAAACGUUUAUCAGCUUCAACUGAACGAACCAAAUGUUUUUCUUUUCGUUUGUAACUUGUAACUGUGAGGACACUCUUUCUAGACUCAUCCACCUCAGAUUCUGUGACUAACCUUUUUUUUUUCUUUUUAAAUCAUGUUUAUAUUAAUUUUAUAAGAUGGUAUUUUAGGUCUCUUUUAUAGACACCGAUUUUAUAAAGGCUCAUAGUUUUUAGUGAGGUUAUUACAGACCGUAGACUCAUUUGCAUGCUAGUUUGAUUAGAAGUGAAUAUUCUAGUUUGUCGUUGUAUUUAAAGCAGCUGUUCAGAAGUAAUUCACUACAUGAUCACGAGGCCUGAAGCAUCUCUUCAGCAGCAGUAGUCAGACCGCACUCCGUCAUCAGAGUUCAGGAACAUGUAGCACAAGUGACUCGUUUUUAUCCUCCGGUGCUGGAUGAGCGAGUGUUUUCUCGAGUCGUCAUUCCUGCUGAAGAGAUGCAGUUUUGGGUCUGAAACGCGUCUUUCUCUUUCACUGUACGUCGGCUCUCCGAUGCCGCGGGAUAAACGCAAACACUGCCGUCUGAUGCGAUCGCUGGAUGCGGUGUGGAAGCUAUUAAACCUCAAGAUUCAGUACUGUAUUUUUUUACAGAUCACAUUUUUGGAGCUGCGAAGUGCUGAAAUGUGUAAUUUUGUAUUGCUUUCACCUGUACUCUCUAACGAACACUAGCCUUAUGCAUACGUUUCGAUUUGUAACCUUUUAUUUUAAGAGUUGUCACAUGCAUGCUUUUAUUUUGCUGCAGCCUUUAUAUUUCAAAUGAUCAAAUAAAGUGUUGAUUGACUGUA